AGCUGCGGCCAAUUCUAUCUCAGGCCAGCAGAAAACACUACGUAGCUAGCUUGCGAAGCGCUAGGAGAUUAACUGGUUGUCGGUCUCGUUGGCCAUCAUCAGUCAGGUUCCAUGGCGAACGCGGGUCUGAAGCCGGUGGCCGGGCUCCUCCUGGUGCUCAAUUUCUGCAUGUACGUCAUCGUUGUGGCCAUCGGCGGCUGGGCCAUCAACCACGCCAUCAACUACGGCUUCUUCAUCGGCGCCGGCCUGGAGUUGCCGGCGCAAUUCUCCCCGAUCUACUUCCCGAUCGGGAACGCGGCAACCGGGUUCUUCGUCAUCUUCGCGGUGAUCUCCGGGGUCGUCGGCGCGGCCGCGGCGCUCGCGGGGUUCCACCACGUCCGCGCGUGGAGCCCGGAGAGCCUGCCGGCGGCGGCCUCCUCCGGGUUCAUUGCCUGGACGCUCACCCUGCUUGCCAUGGGAUUGGCCUUCAAGGAGAUUGAAUUGCACGGCAGGAAUUCCAGAUUGAUAUGCAUGGAGUCCUUCACCAUCAUCCUCUCGGUGACGCAGCUCUUCUACCUGCUCGCCAUUCACGGAGGGAGGUGAACGGCUCUGAUCUGAUCGGCGAGAGUACGUACCGUUCUCGCCUAAAGAUUCAAGGUCGAUCGAUCAAUUUGGCGAGCAUGGGGGUGAUCACGCUAGCUGUGUGCGCGCCUUUGAUUUCAUCGGCUUCUGGUGUUACGAGAUGGAGAGGCAGCGUGUGUUCGUGUGUUAAAUUGGGUACGCCAUGUGUGUCUUGUUAAUUGUGUCGAUUGUGUGUCGGAUAUAUUUCCGUGUGAUUCGUUGAUUAUUUGGCUAUGCUCUAUGUGUUGCAAACUAUCAUGCAUGUGUAGAUGUUGAUUUGAUUGUAUUAUUUAUAUGUGAUGCCGUGGUGAUUAUUGGCUUCCGGUGUUA